AAUUAUUUACGAGUUUUUUUGAGUAUCUAAGAACUACUUACUAAAUAAUAAUCUAUUAGAAAUAGACAUGAAAGUUUGUUUUAUUUAUUCUACUUAACAUAACAUCUUAAUUACUUUAAACGAAAUAUUUGUUCAUAUUAUAAAGAAGACAAAUAAAAAUAUAUAUGAAUAUAUCAAUAUAUAAACAUUGUAUAAUUUUUAUGAUGACAAAAAUGUCUUCUCUAAACAAGUAACAUAUAAUAACAAGUCAUGUAGUUAAGUUUUUAAUACUUGUUACUAUAUAAUACUUAACUAGAUGAUGAGGAAUAUUCAAAAAUCAAGACAUAUACGAAAUAAGUAAUAAGUAUAAGAAGAGUAAUGAGUGUUUGUGUCCAAUUCUAAAUACAACUAAAAGAAAAGACAAAUAUAAAUAAGUAUUUAAUAGAUCAUGUAACAAAUAGUAAUGAGGCAAGUAACGAGUCAAGUACUAAAAAUAAUAAUGAUACUUGAUAUUUGAUAUUUGAUUUGGUCUUGGAAGUAAUGAAAGUUGUCGACUUGUUACUUGCCUUGGCAACACCGAAUACUUAAAUUUUUAAGGCGGGUACGAGUCAAGUAACAAGUUUAAGGCGAGUAACGAGUAAUGAUGCUCAACCCUAGCUUUAAUGACUUAAAAGCAGAGAUGGGACUGAUUUUGUAAACGUUUUGGAUUGGAGAGUCAAAUUAAAGCAUUGACUGAACCGGUUAUGUUAUUGAUAAUAUGUACCCAUACUUAUCUUCUAGUAAGAAAUUUGAUUUGCUUACGGUAAUAAAUUAUGUAUUUAGAAAAAUAAAACAGAUCCAGCCGGACCUAGUGUCUCUUCGGAACAGCUUAAAUACGGCUACCAAUCUUAGAAAAUGGGAGCCUACAAAAAAAAUGAAACAGUUUUGUGGAUACUAAUGAAACACAAGAGAUGUAUCAAUAAGUAAAAAUAUAUAAUAUCUUUAAUAUGCAGAAACACAGAAAAGAUCUUCACAGAAGCAGAACAAAUCCCACAAAUAUACAAACUAACGUCACUGGUUCCACCAGCAACCACCAUAUAGACCACUGUAAUCGAUUGCAAUACCAACAGAAAGAUACAUACAUAUCUAUGACUACAAAAUUAGUUCGCCUUCGGAAACUGUUACGCAAUUCCAAGGCAUAAAUAUAAUCAUAUAUCUACACAAAAUUGGUGAAUUCAUAACAGAGCAACUAUACAAUAAUUUUUAUGCUUUACUCCAAAUCUAAAGCUUUCCUCAUCUUAGAGACUCUCAAUAUUCUUGUAUUUAAGGCUCACACGACUCAGUCCACCAAACCUCCAGGAAUCUCGAAAAACACAAAAGGAGAUAGAAGAAUCAAUAAAGAUGUUUACACCAAAAAAAAAGAAUCACAAAGAUGUACUCCGCUAAUUCACACGACAUUACACAGACAGACCACAAAACCUAGUGAACAAGUCUCUUGUGAUUAUAAUAUUGGAAACAAUAAAGUAAAGAGGAGAGAGGGCGAUAAAAAGAACAGAAAGUUGGAGCGACGUCUCUUGUACGUGGAACUUUAAGGAAAAGAUGAGAGACUCUUUUGUAAGAGUGAUUUACAGUAAUAGACACUUUUUGUCUUUUUAUUACAUAAUAAGACACAUGUUGCUCCUUGCACACUUCUUUAUGUCGAAAAGACUCUAAAACCCCUAACUAAAAGAAUUAAAGCAAUUGAAUAUAUUUGCUGUCUUGGGCGGUGAAUCAAAUAUUUCAAUUACAAAUUAAUUUAAAAUCUUGAUCUAGGAAGGAUGAAACGCUGGCCACACAUUUUUUAUCUACUUUAUUCGUCUUUAUCUUUUAUAUUCUCUCACAGACUCCAUUCUACGAAGAGAAAAAAUCAUUUGAUUUCCUCUCAUUCUCUGGUUGAUGACGGCCGGUGUUAAAAGAGUAAAGUUUGAAGCUGAGAUUCGAAGGCCAGGUGUCAAGGUUGUUUGCAACAGAGAGAAUUCUGAGAAAAUAGUUAAAUGUGUACUCAAAGUCGGAUGUUUUUUUGUUUGGUAUGGAACCUCCACUCGGUGUGAUAUUUUUUUCUUGGAUUAUAUAUGUAAGUUUGUUGGAAUGUAAGUGGAUGGUUGAAUAGGUCAUCGUACAUGAGGAGAUGAAAUGGGAGUAUAAAAUCCAAGUGUACGUGUUGGUGUAUGUAGUAUACAAAAGACAUUGUAUAUGGUAUGUGUGUACAACAAUUGUGGAAGGAUAAUUGUGGACAGAGAUGGUGGAGGCUUUACGUACAUAUUAGAUUUGAUAUGGUACAUAUGUACAAUAAAGAUAAUAGUGUACUUGUGUACAAAGAAAAAAAGAUAUGUACACAUGGACAUUACAAGUAAAGGCAAUGUUCAAUAAGAACGAGGAGCAUGUGUCUAAUUAGAACAAAACCUGAGUAAGAAGAGUGAAGAGUAACAUGGACAUCUCUCUUUUUGUCCCUUUUAAUGUUGUUCCCAAAAUUUUUGUAAUUUAAGUGGAGCAGCAUAUUAACAGAGGUGAGAUGUAAACCACCUUUGGAGGCAAAUAAGAUCGAAGGUUCUUGAUUAACUAGUUUUUAUAUUAUUUUUUUUGGUAUUUGAACAUUUAAUCUUUUGUUUUACAGAGGUGAAAUGUGUUUGUUAGAAGAUCAAAAGAUAACUCAAUAACAAAGGUUCCAAGAAACUAAAUGAGGUCGUUUCUUAAGAAUCCGAUAGCAACGGGAUAUGUUGCUUGUGUUGAGAUGUUUAGCAGUGGUUGGAGAAUGAUAUCAAAUUUUGAUUCAAUACGAGCACGGAAUUUCAUAUUUAAAACAUACCUCAUGUUUCUUGUUCUAGAUUUCAAGGUAUACUUGGUGUACACGUAGGCAUAUGUGAUCUUGUGUACAUGUGGACAGAGUUUCAAAGAUGUACAUGUGGAUUAUGUGUGGACUGUGCAUGUGGACACUCUCUGUAUACAUGUGGACAACAUCCUUAGAAAGAUUUCUCUUUUUGUUUACAAACACCCGUCCAUGAUAUCCCGUACACAAGUGCAUGUCUAUAUGGAUAUGUAUAUUCAGAUCAGUUAGUAUCCAUAACCCAUUGUCUAUUUUAAUUUGUUAAUAUGGCUAUGUUUUCAUUAAGAGACAAUAAUUAAGACUUUGAUAAUGUGAUAACCUACCAACUAUGCAUUACUUAUACUUUGCUUGAUCCUUUCUCAGCAUAAACACGAUUAGGUGUACAUAUGUACACCAUAUAUAUAGUAUCUAUAUGUACACAUACAUGUGUGUGACCAACAACCUAAGUGCUUACAAAUACAUAUUUCCAGAGGAAAUCAAUAUGCAUUUUCAAUUUAAAAAUAAAACAGAACACGGCUUGUUCACAAGUUACCAUAUCAUACAUAACACCACUGGUGUAUUUUGAGAUUUAAUGGAAGGUAAGUUGCAUUUUCAGCUGAAAGUUGAUAAAAGCUUUCUAUAAGCAAAACCAACUCACUCCCAAAAAAUCAUCAUUGACAAUAGGUAGAAGUCCAUUAUUCUCUUCAGAUUUGUCCAUUGUCAUGAUUAAAAAUUGUAAAACAUAUGUACAACACAUCUAUCAUUAUCCACAUGUACAAAUAAUGUAAACAUUCACAUGUACACCAAAUAAUAUAUUCGGGGCCAUGAGGAGAUGGAAGAGGACCAUAAUAAUCAACUUCGUUGUUUCUUCGCUAUCAUAAGCAAAGCGACUCUUCGUAUGGCGAUUCCAAACACUAUAUAACCCAUCCAAAGAAAGAGAUAGCGAAGAGGGAUUUCAAAGAGAUCCUCCUUCGCAGCUAUCUGAGGGUUUCGACGGUGGUCUUGAGACUGAAGGUAGAGAAUUUAGAGUAGUCAAUCAAGGAGUAAUAAGUGUAGGAGGAAACGGGUGAGGAAGAGAGUGGAAGAAGGAGACGGUGAAGAUGGAGUUCGAGGAGAUCCUCCUCCGCCGCUGCUUAAGGGAUUCGACGGUGGAGGGUUUUGAGUAGGGGAUUCCGAAAGAAUAAUCCGUGUGGGAGGAGACAGUUGAAAAGUAACAGGAACAGAAGACGGAGAAGGAGAUGUGAGAUGUGGUUGGCGGCGGAGGAGAGGAACAUGGUGUGGUGGAAGGAGGAAAAAAUAUGAUUUUUAUAAUUGCUUAAAGAAAGAAGGAUAGAAUUGAAAUUUCAUGUUUUUUUUUUUUUGUAACAAAGGAAAAACUUGACAAAGUGUCUCGGUAGCAACAAGUGCUCUAUUAUGAAAUAAAAAGAUGAAAAGUGACCUGGGAUGUAAAUGUUUCCUUUUGUAAUGUGUUUCAUUGUUAUUGGUUCAUAUUCUCUAUGUUUUUUUUGUAUCAAAUCUUCUAUGUUUAUAAUUUAAUUGUAAAGUAAAUUACAUUAAUAUUAUAUAGAUAAAAAACUCUUGUGAGAAAGUGUACCGCUAAUGAUGCACACAAGUUAUACGUUUGAAAAAUCAACUAACUUUAGCGCCAUUAAGUUCUCCAAUCAAAAAUAUAAAAAGACUUCACGUAGCUCUCUAUCUUUUUCCAAGUCAAGUUGUGUGUGGUUACAUAUCUUUAUUUAAACCACCAACACUCUCUCUCAUUUUUCUUAAACCAAAACAAUUCUCUUCUUCACUACUAAUUCAUAAAGACCAUGUCUGAAUCCCGUUUGCAUUUGCAUUUUCUCUCGCUACUUUUGCUCUGUUAUGUCUCCCCUUCAAGCUUCUUUAACUUAAACAUCGAUUACAGUAGCUAUGUUGCUUGCGGUCCCCAUCAGACUCAAGCUCUCACUGAGUUCAUGAACGAGUUUGAUAGCAGCCAGUGCAACCUCAGUGAUCCCUAUAACGGAGUCUGGUGCGAUAACUCGACUGGUGCGGUCACAAUGCUACGACUCCAGGCGUGUCUCAGCGGAACUCUAAAGCCCAAUAGUAGCCUCUUCAGGUUACAUCAUCUUCGUUACCUUGACCUCUAUCAAAACAACUUCAUCUCAGCUACACUUCCUUCUGAAUUUGACAAUCUCAACAGGUUAGAGGUCUUAUAUCUUUCCAAUAAUAGCUUUGUAGGCCAAGUUCCUUCCUCAUUUAAUAACCUAAGCCUUCUUUCCUAUUUAGACCUUUCCCAAAAUGAUCUCACCGGUAGUUUCCCACUCUUACGGAAUCUAUCAAAGCUCUCGUUUUUAGACCUUAACAAUAAUCAUUUCUCUGGAACUCUGAAUCCAAACAUUACUAGCCUGUUUGAGUUGUACAACCUCCGUUACCUUGAUCUAAGUUACAACAACUUCAGUUCAUCACUCCCUUCUGAGUUUGGAAAUCUCAACAAACUUGAGAUCUUGGCUCUUCAGUCCAGCGACUUUUUCGGGGAAGUUCCUCCCACAAUUAGUAACUUAACCUCGUUAACAGAAUUAUACCUUGAUGACAACCAGCUCACUGGUAGUUUCCCACUUGUGCAAAAUCUUACCAUGCUCUCCGUUAUAGAAAUCGCUGAUAAUCACUUCUCUGGAACCAUUCCUUCUUCUCUCCUCACUAUGCCUUCCUUAUUAGUUCUCAAACUGCGUGGAAAUAAUCUCACGGGAUCUAUUAAAUUUCCUAACUCCUCUACCCCGUCUAGGCUCGAGUACUUGUACCUUGGGAAAAACCAUUUCGAAGGAAAAAUCAUAGAGCCUAUCUCAAAGCUCAUCAACCUCAAGCUUCUUGACCUUUCUUUGCUAAACACAAGUUACCCGAUUGACUUAAACCUCUUCUCCUCUCUUGAAUCUUUGUUGCACCUUGAUCUUUCUGGUAACAGUAUAUCUCCAGCCAGUUUAGAUUCAAAGUCAGACAUCCCAAUAAACCUGGAGAUUUUGUGGUUACAAGGCUGCGGCAUCAAAGAGUUCCCAAAUAUCUUAAAGAUCCUUGAGAAGUUGGAGUAUAUAGACAUUUCGGGAAAUAUAAUCAAAGGAAAAGUCCCCGAGUGGCUAUGGAAGCUUCCUCGUCUAAACACCGUGUUUUUAACAAAUAACUCGUUUAAUGGUUUGGAAGGUCCAGUGGAUGUUUUGGUAAAUUCAUCUGUGAAGAAUUUAUUACUAGGGCAGAACCAUUUUGAAGGAACAAUUCCUCUCCUACCACUCUCUAUCAACGUCUUCUCUGCGUCAGGCAAUAGAUUCACAGGGAGCAUACCUCUUUCAAUCUGCAACUAUAGAUCUCUCACGCAAUUGAAGAUAGGUUACAACAACCUCACGGGUACAAUCCCUCAAUGCUUGAGUAACUUUACGUUUGUGAAUCUUCGGAAGAACAACUUGGAAGGGAGUAUUCCUGACGCCUUUCAUAUCAGUUCUUCUCUAAAGACACUUGACGUUGGACACAAUCUACUCACCGGGAAACUUCCAAGAUCUCUUCAAAAUUGCUCAUCUCUAGAGUUUCUGGUUGUUGACCACAACAGAAUCAAAGACAAGUUUCCUUUUUGGCUCAAGUCUUUAUCAAAUUUGGAAGUACUUAUCCUCAGUUCUAACAAGUUAUAUGGAUCUAUAUCUCUUCCUGGUCAAGGUCCUCUCGGGUUUCCAGAGUUACGUAUAUUUGAGAUAUCUGAUAAUAAGUUUACUGGAAGCUUGCCACCAAGAUAUUUUGAGAACUGGAAAGCGUCGUCACUUAUGAUGAACGAAGAUGGUGGUCUGUAUAUGGUAUACACAAAGGCUACUUCGGGGAGGCUGUCCUAUUUCAAUAUAGAAGCUAUAGAUUUGAAAUACAAAGGUCUAUCAAUGGAGCAAGGGAGGGUCCUUACCUCAUACGCCACUAUUGAUCUUUCUGGGAAUAGAAUUGAAGGACAGAUUCCUGAAUCAAUUGGUCUUUUGAAAGCAUUGAUUGCACUCAACUUAUCAAACAACGCCUUCACAGGCCAUAUUCCUCUGUCUCUCUCCAAUCUUGGCAAGCUCGAGUCACUAGACCUAUCAAGCAACCAACUCUCAGGGACUAUUCCUAAUGGAAUCGGGAGCCUCUCUUUUUUGGAGUACAUAAAUGUGUCUCACAACCAACUCAAGGGAGAAAUACCACAAGGAACACAGAUUACCGGCCAACCUAAGUCUUCAUUUGAAGGGAAUGCAGGGCUUUGUGGUCUUCCUCUCCAGGAAACUUGCUUUGGGACUAUUGCGCCACCAACACAGCAACCCAAGGAAGAAGAAGAAGGAGAAGAGGAAGAAGUGUUGAACUGGAAAAGCGUGGCAAUAGGGUAUGGAACUGGAGUGUUGCUUGGACUUGCAAUAGCACACCUCAUUGCAACAUAUAAACCGGAGUGGCUCGUUAAGAUAAUUGGUCCGAACAAGCGCAGAAGCCUUUAGGAGUGUUUUUAGUUUGAGUAUGAUAUGAACCUUCAAUGUAUGUCAAGUGGUUGAUGUGAUUCCUCUUGUAUGGAAGCAUCUCUUUAUGUUUGUUGUAUCAUUGUCUGAUGCUUUGUUUCUAUUUCGUUUUCUAUAAAAUAAGAAGGGUGAACGUUUUGUAGUCAAUUUCAUGUGCAUCUCU